GUCAGAGCAGAUAAAGCGCAGCAGAAGCAUCGCUCUCAGACAUAGUUUGUUUGUUCUCAAGUUGGCUUGAGGGAAAAUGAUGUCUUACUGAUCUCCGGUAAACACGUUUCAUAUUUGUAUUGCGUGAUUACUAAGAGGGUUGUGAGGAUGAAUGACAUUAAAGUUGCUGUUCUUGGAAGCGAGGGGGUCGGGAAAUCAGCCCUUAUUGUCAGAUUUCUGACGAAGCGAUUUAUUGGUGAAUAUGCAUCAACCUCAGAGUGCAUAUACAGGAAGCGCUUAUCUAUUGAUGGAAGGCAGCAGAAUCUGGAACUGCAUGAUCCUUGUUCUCAGCCCUGCGAGGGGAAAUCCUCCCUGAGCGAGCAGAUUCACUGGGCGGACGGCUUCGUUGUGGUCUAUGACAUCAGCGACAGAUCGUCUUUCCUCACAGCCAAAGCCAUCCUGCACCUUAUCAGGGAGCUGAACUUCGGAGCCACCAAAAGGGAGUUGGAGUCGGUGGUGUUCCUGGUUGGCAACAAACAGGACCUGUGCCACGUGCGGGAGGUGGGCCGCGAGGAGGGCCAGCAGCUAGCCGCCGAGACCACGCCGCGUUGCCAGUUCUACGAGCUGUCCGCCGCCGAGCACUGCCAGGAGGUGGCGCUCAUGUUCACCAAGAUGGUGCGCAACGCCGGGGCCCACGCGCACGGCAAGGCCAAGGAACGGCGGCGGCGGCCCAGCGGCUCUAAGUCCAUGGCCAAACUCAUCAACAACGUCUUUGGAAAGCGCCGGAAAUCCGUGUGAGAGAAAAGAAAGGAAGACAGACAGAGAGAGAAAGAGAGAGGGACACAGGUGAAUGUACGUACAAGGGCAAGUGGGUCGGAUGGACAGGGACGCACAAGGGACAAAUGCAGCCACACAACCAACCAAGCAACCAAUUACCUUGUUGUGAGCAGCGUUGUCUGUUAUCAGUGUAUAUGGUGAUGUUGGAUUGUGGGUUGUAGAAUGUGGACAUUAGUCAGUAUACAGUAGGGACACAGGGGAGAGCUGCAACCAAUCAACCAUCAAUCAACCAGAAAAAAAUCCUAACAAACAACCAACACAUAGACUGUACAUCUACGUAUACACUUGUGUACAAUGUUAUUGGAUUGAGUUGUUUAUUACAUAUUGGAUGGAUUGUGCCAGGUGGACAUACUACACUACAACAGAAGGGACAAAGGAGAUGCAUAUAACCAAUCAAACGAUACGUACCCUAUUGUACUGUACACAAUAAUGUUGUUGUCAUUGUAUGAAUAAGUCUACUGGAUUGGUUGUACUGUAACAGGUUAACGUGUUCCGUCACAGGACUGUUUUUUUGUCUCAACUCUUGAAGCCUGACACUACAGUACAGACUCUAUUACCGUAACACAUUUAAUCUACUCUAUAUAUGGAGGCCAUACCAAGGACCUUUUCAUAGACCUCCUAAGCAAGAAAAGCAUGUCUGUAGCAAAAACAUUCCAUAUUUGUUAUUGUAGUAAAAAAAUGGCAGGAAGAAUGUGAGUUACCUUAGCAGCUGUGGGAGGAAACACGAGAUAUUUUACACAGCAUAAAAGGCAUUCCUUCUCGAGUGGAGAUUAAGAAGUUACAUAAUCUUGGGUAAACAACUCAUUGAUUGCACUUAAAGGGACUGUAAGUGUACUGUGUGUUAACGGGACAAAAUAGCAGUACGUUCUCUAUAGUAAAGAGGUGUGGUGUGCAGUCACACAGUAUAUGGUUACAGCGACGGGCCUUGUGGUGGCAAGUGUCUGUGGGCUUUAGUUUCCGAGCAUGCUACCCAGCAUGCUCUGCCCUCUUUGUGCGUCUGUAAACGUUGCGUAAGAACGGCCAAGCAAUUAAGAUGUAUUCCCCUCCUGUCAUUUUCCACAUUUUUCCCAAGCGUUCAAGUGUGAAAUUGACCAGAAUUGCUGAGAUUGUCAAACACACUCAGAAUCUCUCUCACUUUAAAAUCAAAUAAAGUGUUAUCAGUUCAACGCAUGUGGGGGGUGAUGAGGGGGGGUGAUGUAAUGUCUGGAAUGUGAAUGGUGUAUGGAAGUGUGAAAGUAAAAGUCAUGUUGUAUCAGACAUGGUUGAAAGAAUGAAUUAAUUGAUGAUGACAAUGGUGAUGGUUCAUGGUAAGUAAUGAUUUGUGAGCAGUGUAUGUGUAUAACACAAUGCUCAAUGUAUAGGCUUACUGCUUAGAGUUGUCUUUGAACGUACAGUAUGUAAUAUUUUUCGUGGUAUAUUUCCAGAAUUCAUGCUGCUCGUUCACAACUGUUACCUUUUUCAUGAAUACUCGCCACCACCAUCAAAUUUUAAGUCUGACUGGGAAAAUUGCACUUUUCAUACAUGAAAAGGUGGAUCUUCUCCAUGUCUGUCAUUUUGAAUAUGUCCAGAAAUGGUCAAUUUCAGCCUCAAAACUUACUGUAUUUACUGCACUGGUCAUACUAGUGAAUAUUAGUUAAUUACAAGUAAAUAUUCAUGAAGCAAUCAAAUUUUGGAAUAGGCAGCCCAGUUGCAACGAGCAGCAUAGCUACUCUGGCCACAAUCCUACAUACUGUACUUUUAAGUGUAGUGGGGAAUAGAAAUCCACCUGUCUGUGUGAUGUAACAGCUUUUCUGCCCUCAUAUAAUCGAUUGCAUUAUCUGUCAGGUCAUGAAAUGUCAGUGCGAGCCUUAGGCCAUGAAUGUAAUGACUGAUGUUUAAAAUGUGGGGGAAAGGGCUUGUGGUGGAAACAAACUGGUGCUUUAUAUGUGCUUUAUCUAGUGACUCGUUGCCAUUUUUUGUAUCAGUGUUGAAGCAUGUACUUUCAAGGACGCCAAUGUAUACUUUCUGAGGCUGGUGCAAGACCAAUAAAGAGCACUUAAGUGAUACAAUGUACAGUAUGCGUGAUUCGUGACUGACAACAACAUUCAUUUCAGUGAUAAGUCUUGCUGGUAUGCUUUUAAAACUGAUCUGUGUUUUUUUUCUGACUGGGUGGCCUUGUGUUAAAGUUUGUUCAGCUGCUUAGGCCUACACACCUUUUUCACAAUCAAUCUGUUUUUCUUUUUUUUCUUUCUCUCAAAAAUCUGCGUGCCUACUGCUCAGACUACUGCUCAUACAAAAUGUAAAACAUGUUACCACCAAAAUGAAACAAAGUUUUGAAAACCUUAAGCAAUUUGGAAAGAGAUUCGGAAAGACAAAUAGAACAUUUGGACAGGCAAACAGUUGCAAGAAACUGUUAUGGCAUGUCCAUAGCUUAAAACCUUCACAAACUGUAUAUUCAAAAGACAUUAUUGAUACUAAAACCACGUCUUGGUUGAAAGUAAUACU